UUGAUCAGUGUGUGUUUACACAGAGAGACGAACAGUGUCGUCUCUUCAGUCACAGUCAGGACACACAACCAUGUUUUCUGCAGCGAUACCAAGGAGUGGGCUCAACUUGCACAGCUGCCUACUCCAUGUCACUUUGAGCUUGGUGCUUCUAAGUAAAGCUGCCGUCACCACAGCGAGCAAUGAGGAGCCCGGUGUUCGUGAAGCUCGGUCAGUGAGUGACCCCCCGGGAGUUCAUCCUGUGGACUGUGUUUUAUCGGAGUGGAGCGCGUGGUCACGCUGCGACACUUGUCAGAAGAAAAGAUAUCGCUAUGCCAAACUUGACCGGCCUUCUCAGUUUGGCGGGGAGCCAUGCAAUUUUCAUGACAGGGAGGACGAGGCCUGUGAGGUUCCAGCCCGCUACACCUGUGACAAUAUUCCCCUGUGUGAAGGAUUCCUCUGCACACAAACAGGUCGCUGCAUUCACAGAACUCUACAGUGUAAUGGGGAGGAUGACUGCGGGGACAUGUCAGAUGAAGUCGGCUGUAAGAAGGUUCCCAAGCCCUGCAGACACGAAGCUGAGGAGUACUGGGGAAUCGAAAACCUUGCCAAAGGAAUCAACAUCUUGAACAGUAACCUGGAGGGAAUGGUGCUUGAUAACAGAUACUAUGCAGGCAGCUGCUCGCCCCAAUACAUUCAGGAUGUCAGGUUCAGGAAGCCUCACAACUUGCAGCAGUACACUCUCCAGACAAGCGGCUCGUAUGAUUUCAAUGUUCAGUCUUUUGAGUCCUACUCUGACUUCAUGGAAAACACCAUAAAGGAGCGCAUGACAAAAACCACUGUUUCCUUUGGCUUUGCCAUUCCUGGCAUAUUUGAAUUUGGCUACAACUACAAUAAUGCCAAAUUCACCAGAUCCAUUCAGAAGAUUCGCCGUUCCUCUGGCAAGAUCAACAGCUUUGUGAGGGCCAAAGCAGAGUUGGAGUUGGCCCAGUACAUACUGAAGUCAGACGAUUUGAUGCUUCACCCUGAGUUCCUGCAGCGCCUGCGCUCCUUGCCACAGUCCUAUGUUUAUGGAGACUACAGGCAGAUAUACAGAGACUACGGCACCCACUACAUCACAGAGGCCGCCCUCGGAGGAGAAUAUGAGCACACCAUCAUUCUGAACAAGGAGAACCUGGUGAAGACAGAUUAUUCUUUGGAAGACUACAAGUCCUGCACCCAGUCAGGCCUGAAGAUCGGAGCCAACAUUUAUGGUGUUUACGUGUCAGCAGGGGUUCAAGGUGGAUCCUGCAAUGCCCUGUUGAAUGAGAUGGGAGAGGACACUGCAAUCGGCAGCACCGUGGAGGAUUUUGUCGCUGUCGUGCGUGGUGGCAGCAGUGAGUCCAUCACCGGCUUGGUGUCUAAAAAGCUUCCCACCCCACAGCUGAUGACGCUUUGGGGUGAGGGGGUGCGCUUCAACCCUGACUUCAUUCGGAAAACAACUCGGCCACUGUAUGAGCUGGUGACUUCAAGAGACUUCUCCCAGGAUGCUUCACUGAAGAGAAACCUGAAGAGAGCAUUGUCGGAGUACCUGGCAGAGAGUAGUUCAUGUCGUUGUGCUCCCUGCCAAAACAAUGGAGUGGCCGUUUUGAGAGGCACAAGGUGUGACUGUGUGUGUCCCAUUGGCUACACCGGACGGGGCUGUGAGAUCACUCAGAGGCAAAAAGAGAUAGCCACUGACGGCAGUUGGAGCUGUUGGGGUGCGUGGUCGUCCUGCAGUGGGAGAACGAUGUCAAGGAGUCGACAGUGUAACAACCCAGCACCCAGCGAUGGAGGCAUGGCAUGCAGUGGACUGCAGCAAGAGGCGACUGACUGCUAGCCUGCUCAUGUCAACACUGAUUUAUAUACAUAGGAAAACUAACUUUAAAUGGGAGGAUAGUCUGUGGUGUCUUUAGUAGUUGGACAUUUUGUAAUAAUGAUUCACAUUUGAAUAAAGUAAAUCGAAACAACCA